GGGAUGAGCUACCUGGAYGGGGUGCCGUUCAGGGCGGCGCGGAGCUUCGAGGGCGCCGCGCUGGGACAGGGCGGCCUGGUUAGCGCGCCGGCCAUCGACGUGCCCGACUGCGCCGAGCUCCUCGUGAGCACCAUGCACGACUUCUCGCUGGAGAGGAAGGUGCUGUACUGGCUGGAAGCCGCUUCGCCGCAGCAGACGUGUGGAGGCGGCAUGGCCUCCGCCGUGCCGCCCAGCGCGCCGCCGUGCUGGCUGCUCCUGGURGAGCCCCGCGACGGCGACAAGGAGGCGGCGGGCAGGGCCAAGGCCGGCGGCGCCGUGCGCAGGAGCGUGAGCCUGAGCGCCGCCGCCGCCAGCGAGGCCUGGCUCUCCGAGGAGGACGAGGCCUCGGAGGACGACGAGGCCUCCUCCACGUCCUGCGAGGAGAACGACGAGGAGGAGAGCGCGGCCAGGAGGCCCGCGUGGCCGCCCCAAGGCCGCCCCAAGACGUCCCCGGGGCUGCUGCAGCCCGCGCCAGCGAGCGGCUGCGGCGGGGCGGCCAGCCCGCAGCCCGCCCGCCACAGGAGGUCCGUGCUCAUCUUCAACAACAUGAGGAACGAGCUGGAAGGGGCGCGCAGGAAGCUGGCGGCUCUGGUGCACCCUCUGAACCGGGCCUGCGCGGAGAAGAAGCCGGCCUCGGCCUUGGCCUCCCUGCACCAGCAUCCCCGCRGCAAGAGGAGCUUCAGACGCGGCUCGGGCGCCGCGUGCCCGCGGCCGCUGGCACCGGCUCCCCCGGCCCACGCGCCACCCACCGCCAUGCCGCCCAUCACGCAGCACAAGCCCACUGUGGCGUCCCUGAGCCCCUACGUGUGCCUGCCGCCGGCUUCGGCGCCCACCCGGCCCCUGGGCUCCCGCCGAGCGCAGCCGGACUCGGCCGCCAACCUGCUCGCGGCGCUGAGCCAGGAGGAGCGCGACCUCAUCGAGCCUGUCAUCGCCCUGGGCUACCCKGCACACAAAGCCAUCCUCACCCUCCAGAAGACGGGCAAGCAGAGCUUAAGCCAGUUCCUGGGGUACCUGCGUGCCUGCGACCGGCUGCUGAAGCAGGGCUACGAGGAAGGGCAGGUCGAGGAGGCCAUGGAGAUGUUCCAGUACUCGGAGAAGAAGGCGGCCGAAUUCCUACAUCUCCUGGCCCAGUUCAACGACAUGGGUUUCCAGCAGAACGAAAUCAAGGAGGUACUGCUGCUCUGCGAGAACCACAGGGAGAAGGCGCUGGAGGAGCUCAUGACGCAGAGGCAGUGAGCGGGCACGGUGGCCCAUGUCCACRUCCCACCACGGCGCUGGUGGCCCCGGCUCGUCUGCUCAGU